GAAUGGGUUUGACAGGCAUUCAACCAGGACACGUCGGGAUGAGAGGGAGAGGAGCAGCAGCCGUGUUGUUCGUGAUGGGCAUGGUGACAGGCGUGAUAGCCGGGAAAGGUACAGGGAUGAAAGAAGGCACAGCGGCAGUGCUGUAGAUAGAGACAGUGUUGAUCGUAGGCACAGGGAAAGGAGCAGCAGUCACAGUAGACCUGAACGAAGGGAAAGUGCACGGCACACUCGUGAAGAGAGCAGGGAGAGGGAAAGGCGGGGUGGUAGUUCAAGGCAUAGUAAGGACCAUGAGAGAAGGGAUGCUUGUAAGGACAGUUAUAAGGAAUUUGACACGGCUGGUGCUUGGCAUGAAAGGGAUAAAGGGAGAGAUGAUAGAGACAGGGGGCGGCAUAGGGAUAUGGAAAGUGAAACUCGGAGGGCUGGAGCUGGCGAACGGAAGGACAGAGUUAUUAGCAAUAGUGAUAGGCACAGGGAUUUGGCACGCUCGAGAUAUAGCACAUCUGAUGUUCAUAAAGACAGGUCGAGGUCUGGGGAUAAAGGUAGAGAUGCAGACAGUAGAAGCCAGCGAUCUAGAGAUGAACAGUCUUUGAAGGAAGAAGAUGAAGAAGACUACCAAGAGAAAAUUGAGCAACAGUUAGCAAUGCAGGAAGAAGAUGACCCUGAAAAGAUUAAGGAGGAAGCAAGGAGGAGGAAAGAAGCUAUUAUGGCAAAAUACAGGCAGCAACAAAUGCAGAAGCAGCAACUGGAAUCAUCAUUACCUAAAAGCAAUGAUGAAGAAGUAAGAGCAGUUGAUAGAAAUGAGGCUGUGGAUGAGAAGGAUGUUAAUGAUAGCAAUUCUAUGGACAAUGAGGAAGCCGAAAACAAGCUAGAUUCUUCAGACGCAUUUGCUGGUGAGGUAGACUUCACUGUGGUCAAAUCUCCUGCACAUGGUACUGUUUCUUCCGGUGCGGAAGCAUUACUUAAUGAAGGGACAACGGGUGUUUCAGGCCUCGGUGAGGGUACUCCAAAGAGUGAGAGAUCAGCAGAUAUGUUUUGCGAUGAUAUUUUUGGAGAAUCACCUGCAGGAUUUCGAAAACUGGACAAGGGAGAUGGCUUGUGCAUUGAGAAAAAUGCUCUUCAUGACAAUUGGGAUGAUCCUGAGGGUUACUAUACUCACCGGUUUGGGGAAUUGUUGGAUGGCCGUUAUGAGAUUACAGCUGCGCACGGGAAGGGGGUGUUCUCAACAGUUGUCCGUGCAAAAGAUCUUAAAGCCGGGAAAGAUGAUCCUGAAGUAGUUGCUAUUAAAAUCAUUCGCAAGAACGAGACAAUGUACAAGGCUGGUAAACAAGAGGUUUCAAUAUUGGAAAAACUGGCAAGUGCGGACCGUGAGGACAGACGACACUGCGUGCGGUUUAUUUCUAGUUUCAUGUACCGGAACCAUCUUUGCUUAGUUUUUGAAUCUUUAAAUAUGAAUCUCCGUGAGGUACUAAAGAAAUUUGGUCGUAAUAUUGGGCUUAAGCUGACUGCUGUGAGGGCAUAUUCAAAGCAGCUCUUCAUCGCCCUGAAGCACCUGAAAAACUGCAAAGUUCUGCACUGUGAUAUAAAGCCAGAUAAUAUGCUGGUGAAUGAUGCUAAGAAUGUCCUAAAGCUAUGUGAUUUUGGCAAUGCUAUGCUUGCUGGAAUGAACGAGGUCACACCUUAUCUCGUGAGCCGUUUCUAUCGGGCACCUGAGAUCAUUCUUGGGUUGCCUUAUGAUCACCCUUUGGACAUCUGGUCAGUUGGCUGCUGUCUAUAUGAACUUUCUACUGGAAAGGUCCUAUUUCCAGGUGCAACAAAUAACGACAUGCUUCGGCUUCAUAUGGAACUGAAGGGCCCCUUCCCUAAGAAGAUGCUCAAAAAGGGUGCCUUCACGAUGCAACACUUUGACCAAGAUCUUAAUUUUAAUGCUAUUGAGGAGGAUCCUGUGACCAAGAAGCCCAUGAGGAAGUUGAUUCUCAACAUUAAACCAAAGGAUUUUGGUUCUUUGGUUUCAAACUUUCCUGGAGAGGACCCAAGAAUGCUCUCCAAUUUCAAAGAUCUUCUUGAAAAAAUAUUUAUCUUAGAUCCAGAUAAGAGGAUAACCGUAUCGCAGGCACUUAGCCAUCCAUUUAUCACUGGCAAGUGAAAAUAAGAUGUUGAUUCCUCUUGACAUUGUAAACUAUAAUUUGGGUUCUUGUCUAAUGAUCGGCAUUUCUAUCU